ACACGGUAGCGCAGCAGGUGGACCUCGACAACAGGAUGCAGGGUCGAAAAGAUCGUAGUCCUGGAGAAAUAUAUGACCGUGAGGACGACAGUUCUAAGAAUUUCUUAUGCAGUGCUGCAACAGCAACAGGUUCGAAUGAAGAUAUGACUAGAGAAGUGCGAGGACUAGCUGCUUUUGGCAAGACCUCUAGCCGACCUACUGUUCGUCUCCCAGCCAUUGCCGUUGCCAGAACCGUACUGGCUGAGAACAUCCCUCGUGGGGAUGUCCUUGUCGACCAAGAACAACCUGAUGGAACCACGAAAACGACAAGAAUCCCCAGCCCCCCUUCGAUAGCUGAAUUCGCAAGGAACAAGAAAAUCGAUGAGAAGAACGAAGAGAACAUCGCAGCAACGUACGCCUCAAUGACGUUUAAUCCAAGACAAGCGGCUAUUCAGGCGUUAUUUGAGGCUGGAUACACAGCAGGAGUCUUGAAGCAGAUGUUUCGAUUGCAUGUUCUUGACGAAGAGUUUGUGCUCAAUCACAACAAUCGAGGCGCAACCUUCGAAUCUAAAUCGGACAUCGUAUCUCUUGCCGAUGCCCGAUACAUGGCGCAACAGGUAGCGGGCAGAAUGUUUGCAGCCAUACUUAAGGCUCAGCUUUCAUUGGUCACCUCAUUGAGGUUAGCCACUGAGAUCGAAGAGGUGCCCCGUGAGAGAACAGGGGAAAACGAAGGAAAUAAAACCAAGGGAAAACCGACGUGGUCCACAUUAUUUCAUUCAGAUGAAUCAGUGACCACUGAUUGCUGACCUUUAACAUACUCAACAGACGUCGUCCUAGUGGAAGCGGUAGUUCUCUA